CACAUCUAUAUAUAAACCCCGUCUUCUCUUAUCCCUCAAAAACUCUUAACAAAAAGAAAUCAAUAAACACGAAGCACUUCAAAGAAAAAAUAUAGCAAUAAUGAAGCAAUCUCUUCUUCUUUCCGUUUUCGUAUUAUUACUAUCAUCAUCAUCACUCGUUGCACCCAUCCAUGCCCGCAACAAAUCUCCCACGCCGGUAGCUACUCCGGCGCCAGGACCGUCAAAUUCUGAUUGCUCGACGGUAAUAUAUGACAUGAUGGAUUGUCUAUCGUACCUUACCCCCGGAUCAAAUGAUACUACGCCAACAAAAGCGUGCUGUGUCGGAAUCGAAUCGGUUCUAAAAUAUAACCCUACGUGUAUUUGCGUCGGCUUAGCGAGUAGUAAAAACAUGGGGAUUGCAUUGAAUAACACUAGAGCUCUUGCCAUUCCUACGACUUGCAAGAUUCCUAUUGCUGCUCCCCAUUGCGGUAUAAUGAGUCCAGGCGCGUCGACACCGGAUGCAUCUACCCCUGUUUCUCCAUCGUUUGGAACACCUAUGGCUUCGCCAUCUUCAGCCGAGUCACCAACAUCUUCGCCAUCUUUGGCUGAGUCACCGGAAAUGACUGCACCGUCUCCCUCAAGUUCUGGCACCAACAACCUCUCAGUUUCAACAUUGACCCUCGUUGCCGUUAUAGUUUCUUCUAUAACUUACGUUUCAGCUUUUUCUAAUUAAUUUCAACUUUUCGCUUUUUCAUAUAUUACUUUUAUGGAAUUGAAGAUUUUAUGGUUGUGAUUUGAAGAGUACCGAUGCUGUUUUACUUUUAUGUUUAUGGUUAAUCAGAUAAGUUGAAACAAAAAAU